AUCGCACUCAUCAGGCCUCUCCGACCUCCUGAGAAGCAGAACCAGCACCCAAAGGACCGCAAGCUGCCAGGACAGGACCUCUUGCUGGAUCACGUUCAAAGAAAAACAAGAUUUUAUUUGGGGUGGGGGGGAUAACAAUUGGAGCACUUUGAAUGACUAUUAGAAUUAGUAGGCUACUUUUCAAAGCGUGGAUCACGCCGGAUUGUUGUGGUGCUUGGAACUUUUUUGGGGGACUACCGCAGGCGCGCAUCAGUCUGGCGCACACAGCAAUCUGAAGCUGCUGAUCUAUGCGGAUUAAAUCAAGUUUUUUGGGGGGGACAAAAUCAGGUGACGGCGGACUGCCUUCUACAACCUCAUCUUCGACCUCUGGAUAGCUGACGUCACCGUGCGAAGACAGCUCGGGGCGCGCUCCGCAGGGAGAGAGCCGCGUACUGUCCGGGUCGGGAGAGCCAGUGUCCCCGCCGGCCGAGGACAGCGGGCCUCCGGAGCCUCCAUAAAUGCUCGGCCCGUCGCAGAAGCUCCAGGCUGGGCAGCAAGAUGAGCUCCACCGUGCAGCUGCUGCUCGCGUUACUGGCGACGUGCGUGCGACUUGGCGCGGCCGAGGGGGGUCCACUUCCUGCAGCCCUGGUGGAGCUGGUUAGAAACAGUCCCAUCUCGUCCAUUGAAGAUCUUCAGCUUCUUCUGCUCACUGAUUCCGUAGAUGAGGAGGAGGGAAACUCAGCAGUAAAUGGAGGUCACAGACUACCAAGAAGCCUGGUUGCUCAGCCAGCCCAGCAGGCUGUGUGUAAAGUUCGCACAGAGGUAGUGGAGGUCACCAGGGCAAUGUUAGAUCGAAGCAACGCUAACUUCCUGCUAUGGCCGCCAUGCGUUGAGGUUCAGCGUUGCUCUGGUUGCUGUAACACCAAAAGCCUGCAGUGCGUCCCUUUUGUCACACACACCAGAUAUCUGCAGGUCAUGAAGAUUGAAUACAUAAAUAAAAGACCCACUUAUGCUAAAGCGGUGGUGUCAGUAAUGGACCACGUGGAGUGCCGAUGUCAGCCUAUGCCAAGACAGCAGCUACUGAAGAGAAAAUCCUCUCGCCGGCAUCACGGCCACAAGGACCAGUAUCGCAACCAGACGCUCAGCCAAGGACACAGACAGGUCAAGGUGCACACCAAGGAUGAGCUACAUCAGUGGGAUGAACUGAAGCAGAACCAGGGUUCCCUCCUGGUGGACCUCCUGGAGCAACACUGGAGCUCCAGAGGAGACACGUUCACUGAGCCUGGCGAAGGCUACAGUCUGGCUGCAGAGGAAUCAUCUCUACCUGAAGAGUCUGUUCUCAUUGGCCCACACUGGACACACAACUCCACAGGGUUCCUGCAGACUAAAACCCAAAGGGAGAAUAAGGAGACCAAAGAAAGGAUGUCAGAAGGAAACAAGACUCUGUCUUCAGUGGCUCAUGUUGGCAUGGCUAAAAUGUUAGAAGAUAAUGUGGGGCUCAUCAAUCUUGAAGGAAUGAUUAUUGAUGGACCAAAGGGCAGGAAUGAAGGUACACAAAUACACAGUCCAUCUAGGCAGGAAGAAAAAUCUGCAUUUCCAAAGCCUGUCACUCAAAAACCUCAAACCAAGUGGAGUUCAAUUGAGGAAGCCAUUGGCAGGUUUGGGAGCAGGUUCAGACCCACCAAAGAACCCAACCCGGACCCUCGGGAACAGACCAGGCGGAGAGACAACAAGACUCCAGAGGAGGUGAGAAUUCUGCAGAUUGCACAGCAAAGGUUAGAGGAGGAGAGAAAAGAGCUGUUCCUGCUUCACAAGAGGUUGGACCAAGAGAAGGAGAUACUAAAACAACAGCAAAAGAAACGAGAGGAGGAGCAACGCCUCCUACGUAGCAGACAUCCUUACUUGCAAACAACAACGGCACCGUGGCCAGAGAUAACGCCAAUGGCCACCAAACAACGUUCAACAGAUCCAGCAGGGCCCAGACCUCCAGCACAUCCAAAGAGAAGGAUGAGGAAGAAUCGAAAACGGAUAAGCAAGGCAGCUAUGAGAGCAAUGCUAAUGUAAACCCUUUCAGAAUUCCAGGAGCACAAGGUGAACUUGGAGUAUGGAUAAUCCAGGUCUUAAUAAAAGUGACUACUCCUCAGUGACUCUAUUGUUUGAAGAAGCCAUAACUGCACCUGGAUGGAGUAAAAGGGAAGAAGAAGGCAGAAAAAACAUUUCUGCAAAAGUUGGAAGUGGCACCCAAAGACUUGCCAAAAAUGUGUGCCAUAUUUCCUGCAUUUGAACAGAACUGUAGAAAUCCGUGUAACUUCUCUACAUGGAUGCUUGUUUUGAGAUCAGAAGAGAGAAAUUGCACUUCUAUGUUGACAUAAAUAUUGGCAUUUAAUGACAAAGUCAGUUUCUGAAAGACUGCAGACAAAGUGCAGACUUCCAAAUGCAACGCUGUGGUCUACUAUACUGAUGACAUAUGAAUUGUAAGAGGGCUGCACACCAAAGUUAAGUUGACUAAGAUAACGUUUAAUUACCAAUGAAAACAGUGAAUACGUCUCGACCAUAUUUAAUUCCAUUUUAUCCAUCACAAACACUGGAAUUAAGCGGAUGUGAUUAGCAUGACAAAUCAAAACAAAGGUGAGCAGGGGAUGAUGUUACACCUGUGGCCUUUCUGCUUUUUACAUUAUUAUUUAUUUACCACAACUACUACUAAGGGUUAACCUUCUUCACCAGUUUUGAAAACACAUGUAACAAUGUCAUGCAAGUCAGGGUUCUAACUGAACAAUGUGUGUUACUUUUUGAGUUGUAUUUUUUUUUCUUUUUUUUUGCAAAAAGGUUAAACCUUCAGUGUAUUGUUGCGUUGAGUUUGUAUGCCAAGUGUGUGUUUGCUUUUUAUGUUUGUUUAGUGUGUGUCAGAACCCUUCCUUUUAUUUGAAAGCAACAUCCAUCUCCCACUGGUGACUUUUUGGUUGAACCAAUCACAUUCCUCAGUUAAAAAAAAAAGAAAAAAAGAAAAUGUAUAUAUAUAUAUAUAUAUAUAUAUAUAUACACACACAAACAUCAAAUUUAGCAUGUUAAAGUGUCCAGAUUUGUUUGUGUACACUGUGGACCUUUUAUUUGCAGAACAUGAUUAAGAGUCAGGUAGUGUUGUGUAGUUCAUGUCCCCAUCAGUGAUGGCAGGAAGAAACACACUGUUGUUGUUGUUCUGUGUUUAAAAAUCCGUAAUCAGAAACAUAAGUUAUUGAAAAGUGUGUAUGUUCUACUUGUCAACUUA